AUGGACCUGGGACGGCAGCCCCUCUCGCCCCGCCCCAGGGCUGGGCCUGUGACGGGCUAUGGUCGGCGUGCUGCGAAGAGCAUCUUCGUCUUCACCACCAACUACAAGGACAAGCUGGACCCAGCGCUGAUCCGGCGAGGCAGGAUGGACAUGCACAUCGAGAUGUCCUACUGUCGCUACGAGGCGUUCAAGGUGCUGGCCCAUAACUACCUGGACAUCGACGAGCGCCAGUUUUUCGAGCUCUUCGGUGAGAUACACCGGCUGCUGGAACAGGUUGACAUGUCUCCUGCGGACGUUGCCGAGCACCUGAUAAGGACGGAGAAGAAGGAUGCCGGCACAUGCUUGAAAAGUCUCGUCAGAGAUCUGAAAAAGUUAAAUGCCCAGAAGAACCCGGCAGCCGAUUGUCCUCCACAGGAUCCAGUUCUGACGGUGACGCCGGAUUUAAACCCGACAGUGAUCAAUAUAUUUGAGGAAGCAAGGGACAGUACAUUUGAGUCAUAA